GAACUAAUUUAUAAGCACAUGACUUUAAACUUUAAAACAGAAAUACUUUUAGAAAUGAUGUUCGCCCUCAUAGGAUUGCUAGCGCUAGGCGCCGCCCACGGGGCAACAGUGUCAUCGACAUCAUGUACGAACUCCUACAUGUGCGGACAGGAUAUGUGUUGCCGGGCAACAGACGGUCACGUGGUAUCGGAUGAGCCAAUGGGAGGUUUUGGGCCGGUGUUUAUGGGAGAUGGGCAUGAGAACGGCACGUGCAGCAUGAAGAAAGCGCAGAAAGGCGAGGUCUGCGAUUCCUCGUGCAAAUGUGAUACAGGUCUGGCAUGCUACCGACCUGUGAGCGGAGUAUGCUGCCCUCCAAUGCGGUGCUAUGACGAAGCCUAUGUGCAACAGCAACAUGCUUACUGGAACCACUGUAUGCAGGAUCCUAACUGCGCUAUCCCUCCAUAAGCUUGCACGAGGAUUAUCUAAUGGCAUGAAAUAAGAAUAAACCAAAAAUCAAA